CAGCUUCCGUUAAGAGCCUCGUUGAGAGGGUCCUUCCACCCUAAAUGUGUGAUCACCUGUUUGGAUAAAGAUGAUAUACAUAUCAGUGAUAAAGACGUGAAGCGGGAGAACCAAACGAGUCAUAGAGAAAUAAAUGUAUUUUGUAGCAGACACUUAUAUAAUAUGGGAUUGCUGACUGAACUUGUGAUAAUAACUGUGAUCUUGAUAUUAGUGAGCUGUGAUUGCCGAGCACUUCAUCCCCACACGUUCUUGGACACGUCUGAACUAAUUCGAAUUCGCGGCUACCCGGCUGAAGUGCAUCACGUGACCACCCGCGAUGGUUACGUUCUUCAGAUAUACAGGAUCCCCCGCGGAUUGACCCCCGCGGCCCGCCCCUGCGCCCGCCGCACGCACCUCCGAACGCCCGAGUCGAAAGGCAUGAGAUUGGUUCUGUUGGAAUGGUUAAAUAGAGUUCAUAGUCGAGAGAACUCAAGGAGGUGUAGCUCAGCCCAAGGGAAGCGCCCGGUUGCCUUGCUUAUGCACGGCGUCCUCUCCUCGUCAGAUGAUUUCGUGUUAAAUGAUCCAGACCAGGCGCUAGCCUUUAUGUUAGCGGACGCUGGUUACGAUGUGUGGCUGGGAAACGCGCGGGGAAACACGUACAGCCGCCGCCAUGUGCGACUCUCGCCCGACCAGCCCGAGUUCUGGGAUUUCAGCUGGGACGAAAUAGCCCAGUACGACCUCCCGGAUAUGUUGGCCUACAUCAGGAACACCACGCGGGCGCCGACGCUGGACUACGUAGGACAUUCCAUGGGCACCACUGUCUUCUUCGCGAUGAUGAACUACUAUCCUCACAUCAAUGGCUGGAUCCGGAAGAUGGUUGCUAUGGCCCCGUCGGCGUACAUCCAUAAUAUUUUCGCCGGUUAUAGGAUGCUCUCUAUUUUCGGCCAAAUAGUGGGUGUGAGUUGGGGUAAGUACGAGACAGGUCGGUUGUCCGUAGAAGCGAAAACCAGCCUAGCCAACUUCUGUUCUCCCGAGGCACUGACGAGGGGCUUUUGCCUCAAGAUCAUUGGUCUCGUUGCUGGGCCUUCCCGAUAUGCGAUUGAAAAGGAUUACCUCCCCGUGAUCGUCGCCCACACCCCCGCCGGCGUCGCCACCAAGGUCCUCACGCAAUACGCCCAGAUGAUCCUUGCCCAGAAGUUUCAAGCGUUUGAUUAUGGUCCAACAAGAAACCUGGAAAAGUACGGGUCACUUACACCCCGCCAGUACUCAUUGGAACGAGUCACCGUGCCCGUGGGGUUGUUUUGGUCCCAAGAUGAUUGGAUCAACACUCCCCGCGACGUAGCGCAGAUUGCAGAGGAGCUUCCGCGCGUGAUGCUGAACUACAAGGUUCCGCUGAGAGGGUUCAACCAUCUAGAUUUCCUCUGGUCUGAAGACGCCCGUCGCCUUGUUUACAUCCCCUUUAGUGAAAUUCUUAAAAACCUGAGAUUAAAAAAUAAAUAAAUAAAAUUUCUGGUAAGGUUUGCAUGAAAUUUAGCUGGUGCCCUGAAGCCAGUCCAACGAAGGCACUCGGCUAUUCCCAUGCGAGUUUUUGUCCCGUCUAAUGGUACCCCUUCGGCCCUUGACAGAGGUGAUCUUUCGACCUUUUAGUGGUGUCUCGGGCCAAAAAAAGGUGUUCUCCGACAUGUCAAAUUAACAAGAACAUUUAAGGUCGAAUUACAGUAAAUUCCAGCGUUAUUCCAGACCUCUUAAUUCCAUUCUCUUCGCCCUUGGUGCUAAGGAUGUGAACGACGUUAGGACCCUGGUUGUGGUGCCGACGUCUCAGAGGCUUUCAGAAACCGUUUCCCGGUGCAGAAAAGGUCCUUGAAUUUAGAUUAAUGACCAAAAGCAGAAUUGGCAACUUUGUUGUUGUAGUGGAUCUAUUUGUAUGUAUUUUGUAUGAGUUUUGUCAAGUGUUCCUACUUACUUAGGGACGGUAGACAACUACUCUAGGAACCAUUCAACGUACCCUCCAGAAGUUAUUCAGAUUUUAAUACAUAUUUUCAUUUUCACACCUCAAGUACUUACGUUAUUGCAUAUCGUAUUCGUUAAUAGUUAUUGUUUUACUGAAUUUCAGCUAAAUACUACUAAAUUAAUAGCCACAUUUUUUUUUACUGUUAUUAUCCACUUAGAACUAUGGUUGUUACACUUGCCUCGACUUCUAUUUUUAAUAAAUAUCUGCAUUAGGCAGUAAAUAUAUUUUACAUUCCUCACGAAUUUACU